AUGGCAUUUACCGAGCCGAAUGACCCACGUGCUCCAAGUGUCGAAAACAGCAGCGACAUCGAUAUGAUUUCAGCAUCCGUGACACCGGGUGGUAGCGCCAUUGCCGACGAUGUUUCCGCCCGCGGCCUGAUGGCAUCCGUCUGCGAUUCCAACCCGCCCGGUACGACGAAUGAUGCGGCCCCAUUGAGCCAUACAACCGACGACAUGCCGACUCGUAUUGAUACUGUGACAUUGAAAUGUGAUUUAAAUGAUUACCUGAUUAACCUUACGAACGUUAGAUGUAGUUUAACGCGGUCGGACGCUGCUGCUUCCGUGGCCUGCGAGUCUCCUGUUGCCGGGAGCAUUAUCAAGCAACCGAUCCGCAGGACGAUGCAGCAGUUGCACAAAGGGAACCACACCGAUGGUCCGUCGUACACGCGUUUCGACGAGCUGGUACGUUGCACAGAGCGAGAACGUCAAUGGCGCCUUGCCCGCAGUCCCAUAGCCACGAUGCCGCGUAUGAGGCUGUGCGGUGGAGGCGAAGAUUCCAUCAACAACGGCACGAGUGCCUGGGGUACGCCACCAGGUGCUGCCAGCAACGGGACCGUCAGUGCCUGGGGUGUCCUGCCUAACCAGCAACAGGUGCAGCAGCAACAACAGCAGGCGCAACCGCAACCCGCCUGGGGUGGCAACGCCGGCAAUGCAAACAACAAUAACAACAAUAAUGGGCCUACUGGGGCAGUCGGGAAUGGCAACGGUGCGACCGGCAGUGGUGGCGCUAUGCAGCAGCGUGGUGGUGGCUCAGUACCGUUGGAUCCCAACUCGAACAAGGCCACUGGAAGUCAACCCGGUGCACCGAACGCUUGGAAUGCAACGGCCAAUCAUAACCGCGGAUCGUCGGCCGGUGGAGGAACGAACGCAGUGGCCAACGUUACCAACAACAAUGGCAACCUUCAUCACAGCCAUAAUCAGCACCAGCCGGUGGGACCAGCUGGCCAAGGACAACCGCAGCAGCAACAGGCGGGCAAUGGAACGGCCAAGAACCAGCUCGAGGUGCUCAGCACGAUGCGGGACGCUUUGUUCAGUCAGGAUGGUUGGGGAGGUCAGCACGUCAAUCAGGAUACGAACUGGGAGGUGCCGGGUUCACCGGAACCACAGGGUGCCAUCGUUGCGGCCGCUUCUGCCAAUGCAGCUGUCGCAGCCGCGAAACCGGAUGGUGGUGUUCCGUCGCACGGAGCUGGUCCGGGAGGGUGGAAGGCGCAAACCAUGAACAACGGCACUGAACUGUGGGAAACGAACCUUCGGAAUGGGGGUGGCGUGGGUAGUGUCCCACAUCUGCAACACCAACAGCAACAGCAGCAACAACAACAACCGACGGUAUCACAUUUGGGUCCAUCGAAAGGACCUGCUUGGGUUCCGGCUAACAACCUCGGUGGAACAUGGAUGGAAGAUGAUGAUGGAACGGGUGGCGUUGGUCCUGAGGCGGGUGCCAGCGUUUGGAACGGCAGCUCAGCGGCACUUGUGGCCGGUACGGUGCCACUCGGACAGGGUAUCGCUGGUGGUGGCGGUCCAGGACCGGGUGUUGGAGGUCCAUCGCCUGGCGCCGGUUGGGGAGCGCUUAAUAACGGAAACGUGGUGGGCUCACCAUCCGCCACCGGAGGAGGAAUGUGGCCACCGGGUGGUGGUGUGCCGGCCAUUGCAACGGCGACGGCAGCCGUGACGCCGACUAGCGCCGUGUCGAUGAGCAAUGUGGCGGCCAUUGGUGUGAAGAAGGAUCUGAGUGAAUGGGGAGGAGCUGCUGCGGUGGGUUCCGUUGGACCUGCACCGAUGGGAGUCGCGGGUGGUCCGAAUCUUCAAUCGCAGGGUGGUUGGGACGCAAGGACGGGUGUCCCCGGUGGAGCAGGAAGCGGGCAAGCGGUGGGCGGAUUCAACCUGGCUUCCGCCAUGGGUGGAGGACAAUCGAACGCAGCGUUGGGUGAUCGAGUUGGAGGUGGCGGUGACUUACGAGGUGAUCCGCGUGGCAUUUCUGGUCGGUUGAAUGGAGCGGCCGCUGGAGGCAUGUGGGGUGCGGCUAUGGCGGAUCAGCGUGCAUCGGCUCAAGCCGGAGGAGGCGGUGGAGGACUUCCCGGAUCCGUUGGUGGCGCAGGAGGACCCCAGCAGUGGGGCGGAAACAACAAUGCCACCGGAAUGGGUUCCGGAUCGAACAAGAUACCUUCCGGAUGGGAUGACGGACGGCCUGCCGCGUUAGAUGAUGCUACAGGAGGCGGUGCGCUUUGGGGACAAGGAAGCGGACCAUUGCAUCGACAGAACUCGGCCGGUUGGAAGGAUAUGGGUGAUGUUAUGAUGCGUCCCGGUGCUGGCGGUCCUAUGCAACGGAACCAGCAACAAUCCGUGCAAACCGGUGGAGGUUCGUUUGUUGGCCCCGUUCCGUCAGCAAAUGCACCCGGUGGCGUGCGGCUUUCACUCGGUAAAGGAGCUGACGCCUCGUGGAUGGGACGGAACGGUUCCUGGGAGGAUGCAACACCUGCCGCGCCCGGUUGGGGUGACGAAAAAGGCGCUCCAUGGAACAUGGAUCUGAUGGCAAACGGUGGUAUGGGGGGUGGAGGAGGUUGGAAUAAAACACCCACCACACCCAAAUCGGCCGGUCUUGAAUGGCCCGACCCGAAUGAGCUGGGUGCAUCCGCCGGUGGUGGCAUGGAUUGGUGCCUGGGCGGGAAACCAUCCGGUGGCGGUGGAUCAAACAAGCAGCCACCAUUGGGCAACCCACUGGAGCUGAUCCGCACCAGCAAGGAGUACCGGCUGCUGUGUGAAACUGGCCACAAAAAGGAGGACGUCGAGUUUGCGCUUCGCACCACCAACAUGAAUAUCGACGAUGCACUCGAGCUUUUGCGUCAUGGCGCUGCUGUUGCAGGGCUUUCCGGAAGCGGAUGGCGCAGACCACUUUCCGACGAUCAUGCCGGAGGUGGCGGUGCAGGUGGAGGAGCUGGCGGCGGCGGUGGUGGACUUGGUGGAAUGGGCUUCGACAGAGCUUAUUCGGGACGGAUUCCUCCUCUCAAUCACGCAGCCAGUGGGUUGUCAUACUUACAGAACAAUCAAAGCAUGCUGAACAACAUCCCCGGUGGUGGGAUCAAUCUCGACGGUACCGGACCGGCCAAUUUGGUAGCGCUGAACAAUCUGAAGUAUCUGUCGCAAGGUUCCGGCUCGGCGGCGGCUACGGCAGGACAUCCAUCAUUCAAUCACAAUUCCUUGUUACCGCCCGGAGGCCGUGGGCCUAAUCAACAACAGCAGCAACCACACCAGCAACAGCAGCUGGCAGCGGCCGCCGCUGGGCAACCUUCCAGCCAGCAGCUUCGCAUGCUCGUCCAGCAGAUCCAGCUGGCCGUGCAGAACGGUUUCCUAAGUCAUCAGAUCCUCAAUCAACCGUUAGCGCCGCAGACGUUCAUUCUGUUGAACCAGUUGCUCACUCAUAUUAAGCAAAUGCAAUUGACACAAAGCAACUUGGCGCGCAGCGGAGCUACCGGCGGUGUCAGUGCCGUCCAGCUAACGUUGGCCAUCAACAAGCAUAAGACGCAGAUUGCGCAGCUCCAGCAGCAAAUCGCAGCACAGCAGAGUAUUUAUCUGAAGCAGCAACAGCAACAACAACAGCAGCAACAGCAGGGACACCAGAGUUCGAUGGGACCACCACCGCCUCCGCUGAUGUCUUCGAACCCGGCCGCUAACCUUGGCAUGGAUUUCCUUCGCCAGCAGCAACAGCAGCAGCAGCAGCACCAGGAUCUUAUGGCACUGCAUAACACCUUCGGGGAGAUGGCACUCGGCAAGGACCCACUCCUAACGUCUUCUGGUGGCGUUUUCCCGCCACCGGUCGUACCCUUGCAGCAGCAACAACAACAGCAACACGCUGUGGCUUCGGCGACCGCCGGAAACGUUGGAGGCGGCGUCGUCGUUAGCGGCAGUACUAGUCAGCAGUCUCGCUUAAACCAGUGGAAGCUUCCGUCGCUCGACAAGGACCCAUCCGCUGGUAAAGAUGAUCUCACCGAUUUCUCGCGCGCUCCCGGUCCCACGGGAAAGUCCGGAUUGACCAACACCACUACCAGCUCCAACAUAAGCGCUCUGGGUCUCGUGCAAGAUGGAACCUGGGCAACUGGUCGUGCCAACUUGGGAGAUGAUUGGCCGGAGCAAACGGGUGACAACGAUGGAAAAGAUUGGGCUACCAACGCCACCACCACUAACCCCUCGUCACAGGACAAUUCCGCUUUUAACGACCUAGUAGUACCUGAGUUCGAGCCGGGCAAACCAUGGAAGGGGACGCAACUAAAGAUCGAGGACGACCCUAGUAUUACGCCGGGCAGUGUGGCCCGUUCGCCAAUCUCCAUUUCCACCGCCAAAGACUCGGAACUGUUCGGUGGUGCAUCCGUGACCGAUAAGCUGUCCCCGGUGUCCGCGGCCGAUGGAGGCGGCCUGAAUCUUACGUCUUCCGCGUGGAGCUUCAACACGGCCUCACUCACGUCGGUAGCGGGAGGUGGUGCUGGUGCCGCGAAGGCGUUGGGCGCUAAAUCGGUCUGGUCUGACAAUUCGGCCGCUGCCAGUAGCUCGGCUGUCGAUGUUUGGGGUACGUCGAUUGGUAAACCCUCGGCAACGCGAGGUCCACCACCCGGUUUGGGUGGAACGACUUCCAAUAAGAACGGCGGUGGGCAUGGAAAUGGUGGGUCUCAGCGUGCUGGCGGUUGGGCUACGGCCGGAACCUCAUGGUUAUUGCUGAAGAACGUACCAUCACAGAUUGACACUUUGACGCUACGUGCGCUUUGCAUCCAACACGGCGCUAUUCUUAACUUCCACUCGUAUCCGGCCCACGGGCUUGCACUGUGCCGCUAUCCGACCCGAGAGGAAGCUGCCAAGGCACAGCAGGCGCUCAACAAUUGCACGCUCAACUCGGGCACGAUCAAUGCCGAGUGUCCCGCCAGCGAAGCGGAGGUUCAAACCUACCUUCAGCAGCUGAACAACACGACUAGCGGAGCGGCCGCAUCCGUAGCCAGCAGUAGCGGUUCGAAUGUAACGUCCCAGUCCUGGAGACAGCGUGGUUCGAGCGGUUCAGGUGCUGACACGUGGGGCUCUGGAUGGGCUCUCGGUAGUGGUGGAGGUGCCGCCGGAAGCACCGGUAGCGGUGGAGGCAGUAGCCUUUGGGCACCGUUGGAUGGUGGGGCCGAUCACGGAACACCGUCCAACCUGAACUCGUUCCUACCGGACAGCUUGCUCGGGCCGGAACUGAAUUAGGCCACGCCGGUGUUGACCGCAUUUUCCUGCGCACCCAUUCCAAAUGCGCCCCGUGAGGUACGGAACUACGGAUGUGGUCGCAAGUUUAAGUAGAGCGAAUGCACACCACGACGCAGGGGAAAAGUGGUGCUACCUUCUUGGCUGGUAGUCGGAAACCCGGUGGUGGAGUGAGAGAGUUCCAGUUUGGCACUGCUUCGAUGUUCUUUCCUCAUGCAGUACACGUAGCUGUGUGUACUUUUUACUGAUUCUUCCUAUGGAAACCCUCCUGCAGUGGCGUUUUAAUCAUUCAAGCGUAAUACACAUACCAGUUAGGCGACGAAGCAUCGCGCAAUCGUAACGUUAGCGACAGGGUUUUAACCGAUGCAGGUUUUAAACAGAACUCUGUGUCAUUUUGUUCGUUAGAAUUUUGAACCGGAACCGUUGUCGCGGGUGAAUGGUACUCGUGGUAGAUAAGGAGCUAAGGAGAAGCACGUGUGUAUCUACGUCUGCCGCAGCACCACCUUUAGCACCGGAGUGAUCAACAUGUGGUAGCAAAAAAAAAAGAACACGAAACGAAACGCUCCAGCUGGAGUCAUUGAACGUAAAUGGUAAAAUGCAGCCAGCCGGAAAGGAAAACAUUUCUAACGAACACACAUGCACACAAAGUCCUUGUAGUUGAACUCCACUAUCCAGCAAAGGAAGAGACAAAGAAAAAGAGUAACAAAACUCAAGCACACUUAAGCCGGCUUCAACCCGCCGCCGUAUCUUACUGUCGAUAAUAUGCAUUAAUCGAGGGCCAGCGAACUGAGCCGUAGCUGCGGACGCGUUGAUCAAUGUGAACUGGAGAGCUCUAAAUGUCCUGGAAACUCCCCGGCCCGCCGUACCGCCCUCCCACAUAUGCAAUCGAUUGAUUUGGCCGGUGGGUGGGAUGGGGGAGGCAAGCAACAAAAGGAUAUAUUUAUUAAUUUUAAUAUACACAUCAUGCGAACGCAGCGAAUGACGAUGAUGAUAACGAUGAUACUGAUGGCGUACAGAUGAUGAUGGAAAAAGCAGUGAACGUAUUAGAUUUACUAUAUUAUUAAAAGGUAUAUACAUAAAUGUUAUUAUUUUUGAAAUUAUUUAGACCUAAUGGAGAGAUAAAUAAACCGAAACCCAUUACAUGCUCU